AGCAAGCUCACAAUUUUCUAUGACUGAUUAUUCUUUACAAUAUAUUCAGUCAUCUUGUGAUCUGAGUGGAGUUUUUGUAUGAACUUCGUUUUUGCUUCUUCAUAUUUAACUUGAAAUGUUCUAUCUUGAUAUUUAACAUGUCUUUAUUGAAUACUUCAGUCAAAAUAACUCAGUUUGCAAUAGGUGGUUUUGACACAGUCACAAAGCCUGUUUUAGUUGGUGUGGUGAUACUGAUUAUGUAUGUUGUAAUUAUUGUCGCCAAUAUGAUGAAUAUCCUCUUAAUUUUUUGUGACAAGAAAUUACACAAACCAAUGUAUCUUCUGAUCUGUAACCUUGCUGCUGUUGAUGUAGUUUACACCACAAGUACCAGUCCAACAAUGAUCGGGGUUCUACUUGCUGGUGUUAAAACCAUCUCUUAUGUGCCGUGCAUAUUUCAAAUGGUGAUUUAUCAUGUGGGAGCAGUGAUGGAGAUGUUUGCUUUAGCAGUUAUGGCAUUUGAUCGAUUGAUUGCCGUUAGUUGUCCUUUUCAGUACCAGAGUUAUUUGACAAACACACGCAUUAUCAUCCUGACAUAUAUUUUGUGGCUUGCUGCUCUGGUUUUUGUGUCUGUCAUGCCUGCAACUGUGCUUUCCCUCACUCACUGCCGACCACGGCUGAUAUACGCCUUCUGUGACUUUGCUGCUGUAUUGCGAACCACUUGUGGUGACCUCAAUCACCAUUUCAAUGUUGUUACUGUUAUAUCGUUUUUUCUUUUAUUUUUCACCUUCUUUUUAAUUUGCCUGUCAUACUUUGUGAUUGUAUUUUAUGUAAAAUUAUCCUCAAAUGUGGACAAAAGGAAAAUGGGGAGCACUUGUUUCAGUCACUUGAUUGUCGUAGUUUGCUAUUACUGUCCUUUAUUUAUCCGUAUUGUCUUGACCAGGAUGGGUGUGGUGCUGACUAUUGAGGAACGCCACGGUUUAACAAUCGGGUCUUUCCUUGGGCCGUCUCUUGUAAAUCCUUUUGUGUACUGUCUUAAUACAAAAGAAAUUAAAUGUAAGAUUUUUAAGAUAUUCAACAUUGUUGAAUCAUCUCAGUAGAUUCUUGUGAACUUAGUUUAUGCUCUUAUAAUUCUUUUGUGUUUUAAGUACUAUGCUAAAAUGAGGGAAUUUUAGAAUCCAUUUUGUAAACUCUGGUCUAAUCUGAAGGAUUCACGUUAGUGAGAGUCUGGACAACUAGAUCAGUAAAUUACUGAAAUAUUUUGCCAGGUAGAAAUUUCAGAAACAUGCGUGUAGCAUCAGUUACUCUAAACUUCAAGUUCAAUAAGGUUUUGAAUGAAUAUUCAUGUCUUUGAGAGUUAGGCAUUUUUACCUCAAUGACUUUAACACAACUGUGUUUCUCUGUAAACGACAAUAUGUGACAUUCACAUAUGUCACAAGGCUGUAAAUGACAAUUAUUUUUUAUGGAUUUAUCUGUUGAUUGUUUUUGCAAAUAACUGAACUAAUUGUUUUGUCUGUAAAAUGUGUGAAAAUAAAGGAGUCCA